AUGGUGUUCGCAAAUCUAAUCGUUCUACAACAAGCUGCGGAAGAUUCGAUAACUGGCAAUAUCCAGCCAAAAAUUGAUGUAGCGUCUAUUGCAAUUCUGUGCACAGGGACAGCAAUCAAAGCAGAGGGAAAGCCCGGAGUUAGCCAGUCGAUCCGAGUGGUUACGCUUUCACCAGCGUUGUUGAGAGAAAUAUUUCUUGUUGUAUGCUUCACACUAAUUAUUGGUUCAGUGCUCUUCAUCAUUUGCCGUUCACGGAACACAACGGCCAGUCGAAUUCUGGCCAUAGAUCAGCGGAAUGACUGCUUUACAAAUCUUGUCGCCCUGGCUGGAGCCUUCAUUGGUCAUCGGUAUUGGAAGUAUGCGGAUCCCAUUGGAGCUGCAAUUGUCAGAACGACUUUACAGUUUCCUUUGAACAAUAGAGCACUUUUCAGCAGUUUAAUCAUUGUUACAUGGCUGAUGACGGUGAAAGAACAAGUGCCUCUGUUGAUCGGAAAGUCGGCUAGUCCUCAGCUUAUCAACCGAAUCAUAAAUGUUGCCAUUAGUCAUGACGAGAGAAUCAAGUACCUCGAUACCGUAUACGUCUACCAUUUCGGAGCCAAUUUUCUUGUCGAGUUGCAUGUGGUGAUGGAUCGUGAGAUCAACUUAUGUGAAGCACACGAUGUGUCGGAGACGUUACAGGGUAAGCUCGAGCAGCUCUCUUUUGUCGAGAGAGCCUUUGUCCACUGCGAUUACAAAUUUGAUGGCGAUGAACACGUGUGA